ACGUCUUUUUCUUAUCAUAUUUUGAAACAACCUUUUAAACAAGACACCACAAGAAAACCAUCUCAAACAUUGAAUUUUACAAACUCUAACAACAGAACAAACAUGGGAGAGAUAGAUCCAGCUUUUGUUCAAGAACAAGAACACAGACCAAAACUCUCCAUCAUCGAAGCCCAAGGAAUUCCCGAAAUCGACCUCUCUCCAUUAUUCCACCACGAAGCUCCAAACCCAUCUGCUAUUGAAGGCUUAGUGAAGGAGAUUGGAAGUGCAUGCAAGGAGUGGGGAUUCUUUCAAGUAACAAACCAUGGAGUCCCUCUGAGUCUUAGGCAGAAACUUGAUGAAGCUUCUAGAUUGUUCUUUGCUCAGAGUUUGGAGGAGAAGAAGAAGGUUGCAAGAGACGCGAUCAAUCCAACUGGUUAUUAUGAUACAGAACACACCAAAAAUGUUAGAGACUGGAAAGAAGUGUUUGAUCUUACUUCCCCUGACCCUACUUUGGUUCCUGUUACUUCUGAUGAACAGGAUGAUCGAGUUACUCAAUGGACCAAUCCAUCCCCUCAGUAUCCUCCACAGUUCAGGGCUAUAAUUGAAGAGUAUAUUCAAGAAGUGGAAAAGCUGGCCUACAAAUUGCUUGAGCUAAUAGCUUUGAGCUUAGGAGUUGAAGCAAAGAGGUUUGAAGGUUUCUUCAAAGAUCAAACAAGCUUUAUUAGAUUCAACCAUUAUCCUCCAUGCCCCUACCCUCACCUUGCUCUUGGCGUUGGAAGACACAAAGAUGCAGGUGCCUUGACUAUUCUUGCUCAAGACGAGGUUGGAGGACUUGAAGUGAAACGAAAAUCAGAUCAAGAAUGGGUUCUUGUGAAACCUACUCCUGAUGCUUACAUUAUCAACGUUGGUGAUAUCAUCCAGGUUUGGAGCAAUGAUGCAUACGAGAGUGUGGAACAUCGAGUCAUGGUUAACUCUGAGAGAGAAAGGUUUUCAAUUCCCUUCUUUUUCUUCCCUGCACAUUACACUGAAGUGAAGCCUUUGGAGGAGCUGACAAAUGAGGAAAAUCCUCCAAAGUAUAGACCUUACAACUGGGGCAAGUUUCUUGUGAACAGAAAGGGUAGCAAUUUUGCGAAGAAAAAAGUUGAGAACAUUCAGAUCUAUCAUUAUAAGAUAGCUUAAAGAUAGUGCAGUGGAAGUAUACUUAGCUUGUGCAUAUAAAUAAAUUGAAUAACAUGUUGCAGCAAAUUGAUCCAAGACAAUGUUAAAAAUUACUACUACUAUGUAUGUUGUUAUGUAUGAGUAUUGAACAAUAACAUAUAUCAUGCAUGUUCCUUUCAAAAAUUAAUAAAAAAUCUGUUUAUUUUCAA